AUUGUUCAUAGAAGUUUGGAGCAGGAUGAAAUAUUUCAAGUGGACAUGUAGCCACCUUCUUUAUCUUACCAUUCAAGAUAAGAAAGAAAGUUGUGUAAAGUAACCUAAAACAUGGUUCGGUUCAAAAAUAGGUACAUUGUUCUUGAAAUAGUUCCACAUAGCAAAAGUGAUAAGCAAUUAAUGUUGAAAAAUACAGCUCUCUCUUAUGCAGUUCAACAAAAAGUUCAACAGUUGUAUGGUGAUUUUGGGGUAGCAGCGAUAAAAGAUGGUUUUGAUGCAAAAUAUUGCAACACACAAACAAAAAUAGCACUGGUAAGGAUUAGACACGGGCCUCACAAACUUGUACUGCAGGCUAUCCCAUUAAUAAAUGAUGUAGGUGGACGAUUCGUUAAACUGAAUAUCCUAUAUAUGGGGGCGACUAUGAAACAUUGUUUUCUUUUUAUCAGGAAACAUCAAGAAGGAAAAUUGGAAGAAAUCUGGUCAAAAUUGCGAACAGAAACUGAGAGAAAGGAAAUGGAAACGAUUCUGACAACUAUGACACCUGCUAUGAAAGACUUUAACAGAUAUCUUUCACGAUUAUCGGCAACACACAUCGUUGCUAUCUCGCUAGCUGUCGCUGGCUGGCUGGAAAGCACUGGAAACCUCCUUCAGAGAAAAGGCCUCAUCGUGCCUACCUUCAGACCGUCAUCGUCGCGGCAUCCCGCGUUAUUCCUCCUCCGUCGUCUGUGCUUGUCGGUCGUGCAUUUACCGCUCGUUCGGAUUAAUUCGGAUUGUUUCGUACCGUCCGGAAGCAGCAGCUGAUGGCAUCCUGUUGGGCAUCACCAUUUCGCGAUUCCAGAAAUUCGUACGUGCACGCGCGACCUGGGUAAAAAGAGAAGAAAACAGCGAGAAGAAAACAGGCCGAGUGUAUAUAACACGCGUACAUCCCGAGAGCAAUCGAACUCGAUUUGAAAUCGGACGUUCGCUCUCGCCGGAUGUUGAUAUACGUGACUACGCUCGGUAAACUCUCGCUCCGUGAUCGUUCCAUUUUCACCGGACUGCAGACAUUUUAACGGACAACGAGAUAAGCCGAGGAGGCCCUUGGUCGAUCUCCCGGGAUAAUUAACGUUAUCCGGGAUCAGUUAUUAUCCCAUACGCACACAUACACCGGCGAGUUCGAGGUAAGCGAUCCAUUUCUUUCCCACCCGCGCUUAUCGAUCUCUCCCUGUGUUUGGACUCGCUCCUGCCCUCGACGAUCGGAUCCACCCUUCCGCGGGAGGUUAUGACUUCGACGAUGAUCGUCGCGUUGGCUUCUUAUGUCACCCUUGGAAAGAAAUUCACUUAAAUCCCCUGGGUCGCCAGGAUCUCUCGAGCUUUCGUUAAAGUUAUUAUCGUAAAAGCUGUCACGAGACACGUCGGAUGUUAUGUAUGGA